AAAAAGAGACUCAAAACAAAAAUGGCUGAACAAAAGAAGGCUCCUUUGAUGAGAAAGGAAGAAGACUUCGUUAAGGCUUUGGAAGGUUUCAUUACACCCACCGAUCAAGUUGCCUUGUUGUUGGAUUACGAUGGCACCUUGGCCCCAUUGACCGAAGAAUUGUCGGUUAUGCCUAAGGAUACCGAAAUCAACAUCAAGAAAUUGGCUGCCAACGAGAAGAUCUUCAUGUGCAUUUUCUCUGGUCGUGAAUUGACCGAAAUCAAGAAUCACUUGAAAUUGCCCAAUGUCACCUAUGCCGGCAAUCACGGUUUGGAAGUUGAAUAUCCAUCUGGCAAGAAAUUCAAAAUUGAAAUGCCCGAAGAAUUGUUGGAAAAGCACAACAAAUUGGUCGCUGAACUCAAGGAAAAGGUUGUGUGCUCCGGUGCCUGGGUUGAAGACAAGAAAAUCUCUGUCACCUAUCACUACAAGGGUGUCAAUGACAAAUUGAAGGCCAAAUUGAUUGAAAGCGCCAAGGGUUUGAUCCAAAGCCACGGCUUCCAAUUGAUCGAAACUCCCUAUGCCUUGGAAGGCAAACCACGUGUCAACUGGGAUAAGGGUGAGGGCGCCAAGAUGAUCUUGGAAAAACAAUUCGAUGCCGAUUGGGCCAAGAACUUGAAAAUUGUCUACUGCGGUGAUGACACCACCGAUGAAGAUGCCAUGAAAAUGUUGGCCGGUAUUGGCAAAACCUUCAGAGUCUCUGAAUUGCCCAACUUGAAGACCUACGCCAACUUCCAAAUCAAGACUGUCGAAGAAGUCGGCUGGUUGUUGAAGGCCAUCCAAGCCAACUAUGAAAAGAAGAAGAACUAAGAA